UGCAGCUAUAGGAUUACAUUUUUACCCAAUAUGGGAAGCGGCAUCCAUUGAUGAAUGGUUAUAUAAUGGGGGUCCUUAUGAACUAAUUGUUCUACACUUCUUACUUGGUGUAGCUUCUUAUAUGGGGCGUGAGUGGGAACCUUAGUUUUCGUCUGGGUAUGCGCCCUUGGAUUGCGGUUGCAUACUCCGCUCCGGUUGCAGCUGCUACCGCAGUUUUUCUUAAUCUAUCCAAUUGGUCAGGGAAGUUUUUCUGAUGGUAUGCCCCUAGGAAUCUCUGGGACUUUCAAUUUCAUGAUUGUAUUUCAGGCUGAGCACAAUAUUCUUAUGCACCCAUUUCAUAUGUUAGGCGUAGCUGGUGUAUUUGGCGGUUCCCUAUUCAGUGCUAUGCAUGGUUCCUUGGUAACUUCUAGUUUGAUCAGGGAAACCACAGAAAAUGAAUCGGCUAAUGAAGGUUACCGAUUCGGCCAAGAGGAAGAAACGUAUAAUAUAGUAGCCGCUCAUGGUUAUUUUGGACGAUUAAUUUUCCAAUAUGCUAGUUUCAAUAAUUCUCGUUCAUUACACUUCUUUUUAGCUGCUUGGCCUGUAGUAGGUAUUUGGUUCACUGCUUUAGGUAUCAGCACUAUGGCAUUCAAUCUAAAUGGUUUCAAUUUUAAUCAAUCCGUAGUUGAUAGCCAGGGCCGGGUAAUUAAUACUUGGGCUGAUAUAAUUAAUCGUGCUAACCUUGGUAUGGAAGUUAUGCAUGAACGUAAUGC